AUGUCUUCAGGACCCAAUGGCGCCAGGCGCAUAGCGUCCGUGUUGAGGCCUUCAAUAGUCGACUCCCGAGUCUGCAGAAGCUGUCAAGAGACACUCGUUCGCCGCAAUUAUGCCUCCACUGCUGCGCCUAGUUCAGCUUCAGAAACCAUUUCAACUCCUGCCUCUACGUUUCCCGUCGUCAGACCUACACACAUCAUCAAGGCCGGCGUGGCCCUAUCCCGUCCUCCGCAAAUCACCCGCGAUCUCACACCGUUCGAAAAGGCGUACUUCUUCUACCAGAAACGGCUGAACGAGCGACUGGCACUCCCAUUUACAAAAUACUUCUAUUUCAAGCGGGGUACCCCGGCCGAUGAGGACUGGAAGCGUAAGAUUCGGGAGCGUCAGACGCCUGCACGCGACAUCGGCAAGUAUAACGCGUACUCGAAGGAAGCAUGGAACGACGAAUUGCUCGUCGGAGCUGUCGAGUCCGAACCAGAGCAUCAGAUUGAGAUGCUUGUGCGGGAUGCAGAGGCUACUGUCAAUGCUACUUCUCAAGAUACCAGCAAGAAAGAGGAGAUUCCCAGACCGUUCCCCCGAGUGACGGAGGCGGACCAGAAGAACGACCAGAGGAGCCUGAACCGGGCUCUGCAGAGAACCCUCUAUCUUCUUGUCCAGACUAAGGAGGGAUUCUGGAAACUCCCCAGUUCGCCGGUCGAGACGGGGGAGUCCCUUCGCGUGGCCGCUGAACGUACCCUGGAACAAUCUGCUGGUGUGAACAUGAACACCUGGAUGGUUGGCUAUCACCCUGUUGGCCACCACGUCUACAACUUCCGACACCCCAAGACCGACCCCGCAACUGGCCAACAAUGGUUCGGCGAGAAGACAUUCUUCAUGAAGGGUCGUAUCAUGGCCGGACAGGCUGACCUGUCCGCCAACGUGCAGGACCUGCAGGACUUCAAGUGGCUGGCUAAGGAGGAGAUUGCCAAAUUCGUGCUCCCCCAGUACUACAGCAACAUCAAGAACAUGCUGGCUGAGCGGUAA